AUGUACCAACAACCGACUGCCGAAGAUUUCAGCGCUCUCCCUUUGGAGGAAUUGGAGAGACGGAUCAACGAAUUCAACAAAAGUCGGGACGAAAUCGUUAGUUUCUCUUCUUACUUCUCAAGUUCAAAUGAAAUAUCGUUUCUUUUAGAUCGAGAACAUGCGUCGUAAUAAGCGCAAACUGGUGGAAAGCGGCGAAAUGACCACGGUUCGGUUUUUUUAAAUCAAAAUUAUUAAUCAUCUUAAUUCAUAAAAAGUAUUUUUUCAAACAUGUGUAGAAUGGACCAAUAGAUUUGCUUCACUUUAUUGUAUGGUCGUUUGAAACUUGAAAAUUAGAUUCUCGCGCCAAAACUGUUUUUGAAAAUUUUCCCAUGACCCUUCGAGAUUUCAAAAAAACUUGGUAGACUUCUUAAAAUCCUUUUUUGAGUGUUUUUAGAACUUUCUAUAUAAUCUCCAUUCUUGAUAUAACUGGCGAUGAAUAAACUACAUAUAAGAAAAGCCAAAACUAAAUCUUGAAAAUUCCAGGAGGAAUACGUCAAACGCUGCCGUCUGGACGAGAUGCCGCUCUACCUGAACCAGGAGGACAUGAACGCCUACUCGAUCUUUCUCUGGAAGAAGUCGGGAGAGGAGAAGGAAGAACCGGAGCUGCUCAAACUGAUGGAGGAGGACGAGAAGUCCGAGACCAAAGGGAGACUCUCUGUCAUCUUCCUCCUCUGAAGACGAGCUGUUCGAGGACGACGACGAGCUCUCGGUCGAGACGGACCUCCCGCCAAUGUCCCCACUAUCCUCCCCUACGCCCGAGCCAGCUUUCGACUUCCUCCCAAUAUUCUUCCCAUUUACAAUCCCACCCAACAUGACACCCUUUUUCUCCGGAAUGGUACCUGUUACCACGGAGCUUCUGACGGUGAUGGCUCAAAACGGAGUUCCUUUGAGUGA